AUGGCUUGGCAAAUGACACAUCCAUUUAAAAUUAUUAUUUCAGGACCGUCAGGGGCUGGUAAAAGUGUUUGGACUAAACGUUUCUUAAAAGAAUUAUCGGGAUUAUGUGAUACUGAAUUUGACCGUAUUAUUCUAUAUGACGCCGAAUGGCAACCUGUGUAUACUGAAUAUAAAAAUGUUGAAUUUCAAGAAGGGUUACCAGACAUGAAAGAUUUUAAUGAUAUUAAAAAAAAAAAGUUAAUCAUAAUGGAUGAUUUAAUGCGUGAAAGUAGUAGUGGUUCAUCUGUAUUAGAUAUAUUUACCAAGGGUUCACAUCACCCCAAUGACACAGCACGACAUCUUAAUAAAGUAUUGUAUCAACAUUCAAAUUUGGAUAAAUUGGAACUUAUGAAUAAUCAAAAUACAGAUAUUUGUUAUUCAACGAGGAAAAAUAUUUCUGUUAACAUAUCUCAACUUCAAUAUACGGGUGGUUCUUUCAAAACAUUGACUCAUAAAUCAUUUGAAUGUUUGAGAAAUCUUCGAAAUCUUACAAUCACUAAUAGUGAUCUGACGUUUCUUGAACCUGGUUCACUAAAUGGCUUGGAAAAAUUAGAAACAGUUUCAAUAAGAUCAAAUGAUAAAUUAACUCACAUACCUUCAAAUGUGUUCAAUGUUAAAAGUUUGAAAAUUAUUGAUUUGAGUAAUAAUUCAAUUAGUAGAGUCGAUGAUGGUGCAUUUAAAUCUUCAAACAAUAAUUUAAUGUUACUAAACUUGAGUUACAAUUUAAUAGAAAUCAUUGAGGGAGGAGUUUUUCAAAACUUUCGAUGUGAAGUUAUUGAUUUGACACAAAGUGGAAUUGUUGCUAUUGUCGAUGGAGCAUUUAAUAACUCACGUGUUGAUAAAAUUUUUCUCAUGAAAAACCAAAUAUUCAACUUAAAUUAUUUAAAAUGGGGAAUUCAUUAUACUGCGACAAUGGUCUAUAUCGAUUUUACAAAUUUUGAUAUUUUUGAGAGCUAUAAUAAUAGCCGACAUUUGACAAAAUGGGAUGAAUCCUUUCACUUGAAAAAAUCAUACUCAUGUUAUUUAAGUGAAAGUGUUCAUAAAACAGACAAUGCAUUUAUGAUUUAUCCUGAAUCAUUUGUAGGCUUGACAGAAUUAGAAAAUUUGGAAUUAGACGUUGGACCAAUUAUACUUCAAGCUCAAUUAUUUGAGAGUUUAUCAUCUCUCAAAUUUCUUAAAAUCGAAGUAGAAGAAAGUAUCCAAUACCUGAGUCAAGUAUUAGUACCUCUUUCAAAUUUAAAAACUAUUGAAAUCGUCGGGAAUCGUUCUGUGGGUAUUUGUCAAAAUAAAUUUUCAUCCAAAAUACCAUAUUCGUUGACUGACAUUCGUUAUACAAAGGGUCCGCUUAAAGAGCUACAAGAAAAUUCAAUGACUUGCAUUUCACAACUUGAAAAAUUUACGAUAAAAAAUACACAGCUAAGUACUAUUCAAGCCGGGGCAUUCAAAUCAAUGGAUAAUCUUAAAUUUGUAAACUUGGAAUUUAAUCAAAUAACAAUGAUCCCAAAAGAUACCUUUGAUGGUCUUAAAUGCGAUUUCUUUCAUUUGUCACACAACAAAAUUAGAAGAAUCGAAUAUAAUGCAUUCAAAAAUUCUGAUAUUAAAAAUCUGUAUCUCUUUAAUAUAUCAUCCAAUGUUUCUGUCAAUAAGAAAGCUUGGAGUCUACCUGAGUACACUGACGUCCAUUCCACAGUCGAUGAUGAAAAACAUCAAGAACAUUUUUUCAAACAUCCCACAUCAGGAUUGUAA